CGCAGAGGAACAUAAAUUACUCCAGAAGAUGGCAGUAAUGCUACCAGCUAGCUAACUACUGGCUGUAGAAGAAGACGCACCGACAACCCUCAGCCCCGUACCCGCCUGCCUGCCUCUGCAUCACCGCCACGGAUCGAGCCAGGACCCGACCCAGAGAACCGGAGGAAAAAUGGCGUUCACAUUCGCGGCCUUCUGUUAUAUGCUGGCUCUGCUGCUCACAGCGGCUCUUAUCUUCUUCGCUAUCUGGCAUAUAAUAGCGUUUGAUGAGCUGAAGACUGAUUACAAGAAUCCUAUAGAUCAGUGUAACACUUUAAAUCCGCUGGUUCUCCCGGAGUAUCUCAUCCACUUCUUCUUCUGCGUGAUGUUCUUCUGCGCGGCCGAGUGGCUCACGCUGUGUCUCAACCUGCCGCUGUUCGCCUAUCACGUCUGGAGGUAUAUGAGCAGACCAGUGAUGAGCAGUCCGGGGCUCUACGACCCGACCACCAUCAUGAACGCCGACAUCCUGGCCUUCUGUCAAAAAGAAGGCUGGUGCAAACUGGCUUUCUACCUGCUGUCCUUCUUCUACUAUCUCUACGGGAUGAUCUAUGUUCUAGUGAGCUCCUAAAGGACGAUGAAGGACGAGCAGACUUCCAGACGCUGAAGAUGUGAGUGCGGGGAACUGGACGUGCUGCAGACCGACGCUCAGAAUCACCCGACUACAGACAAACUCUCAAACUCCCCCUACACACACAAAAACACAGCUUAUUUCCCCGGUUUUAGAGAAUUUCUCGGUCGCAGCGCUCCUCUCAUAGCACUAGAGUUAACAUGGAGAAAGGAGGAGGAACCAGAAGGACACGUUUAUUUUUCUUCCUUUUUAAUGGUGUGGUGAUUUCGAUGCUUUGGGAUUUAAAUAAAGUUUUUUUUCACCCAGAUUUUGAGUGUUUACAACUAUAGGCAGACGGUUGCUGCGUUAGCUUUUCCUGUGAAUUAGACUCUGCGCUUUUAGCAGCUAAAUUAAACCCGCAGCGUGAUUCAUUAUCGCCACUAAAACCAGUAGAUAAACGCAGACUUAAUGAGCUGGACGUCGGUGGGAGGCUCAGUCGUGCAUCGGUUUGAUAUCACUUAGUGAGGCGUGCUGCACGGGGACAAUCAGAACACGGUUGUCACAUCAGUUUUUAAUCUGAUGUAUUUAAACUUAUCAUCACAUCAUGUAAUCCCUGUUGAUACGGAGGCCGACAGGUGCUAACGAGCCACAACGCCCUCAAACAUUUCCAGCAGGAGAAACGAGCUGCAGCUUCAGAAACGAAGCAGACAUGGAAACAUAAACGAAGCUCAAAGCACAACGGAGACCAGGGGACACUAAAGAGAGACGCACACAGCUGGAGACCAGGGAACACUAAAGAGUGACGCACACAACUGAGACCAGGGGACACUAAAGAGUGACGCACACAGCUGGAGACCAGGGGACACUAAAGAGUGACGCACACAGCUGGAGACCAGGGGACACUAAAAAGUGACGCACACAACUGAGACCAGGGGACACUAAAGAGUGAUGCACACAGCUGGAGACCAGGGGACACUAAAAAGUGAUGCACACAGCUGGAGACCAGGGGACACUAAAGAGUGAUGCACACAGCUGGAGCUGGAGUGCUGGGUGACGUCAGGAUCAUAAAGCUGGACAACUGUCUCUGUCUCAGUCAGUCUGUCUCAGAACUGGAAGUUUGUGUCAGUAUAUCUGAAGGUUAGCUACGUUAGCGAGCUAGCUUACAGCAGAUCUGCAGUGACAUCAGGAGUCAUGUGAUCACUUACAAUAAGACCAGAAAACAUUUCAGGUAAACAACAACAGAGACAGAGACAGCUUUAUGAUCCUGAACGGUGUGGGUCUCUCUUUAGUGUCCCCUGGUCUCUAGCUGUGUGUGUCUCUCUUUAGUGUCCCCAGCUGUGUGCGUCUCUCUUUAGUGUCCCCUGGUUUCCAGCUGUGUGCGUCUCUUUAGUGUCCCCUGGUUUCCAGCUGAGUGCGUCUCUUUAGUGUCCCCUGGUUUCCAGCUGUGUGCGUCUCUUUAGUGUCCCCUGGUCUCCGUUGUGUUUGGUGUCUGCAGCUUUUAGUAAACGCGGCUCAUGUUUCCAGAAGCUGCUGCUGUUCUCUAAACGCUGCUUGUGUUGAAGAGCUGCUGCAGAUGUUUCUUCUUCUGCACGAGUGGUUUUUAUAUCUGCGUUGUUCCUGAAGCUGCAGGACGUCUCUCCUGAUGGAAGAGUCUCAGGGGUUGUAGCACGUUAGCACCUGUUAGCCUCUGUAUGUGAAAUCCUUUGCAAUAUGUUUUGAGUGUGACUCCAGAGUAGCCAGCAAUGUGAUGUGACCUGUGUUUCUGUACUGAAGGUAAACUCAACAGAGACAACCUGCUCUACUGUUGAACGUACCUUUUUUGUAUUUCCCACGUUUUUGUGCUUUCUCUUCAUUUCAGCACCAGAUAUUCCAUGGUUAGGAACUCCAGAGUUUAUUUAUUCCGUUGUUUUUAUGUCUCCAAGAUAUCAAACACUCCUCUCAGAGUCGAGUCCGAUUUUCAUAAACACUCAGAGUAUAAAUUGCCAUUUAUCAGGGAACGGGACACAGGACAUGUAUGUGUUACAUCCAUUAAUGUCACAUCUAGAAAAAGACAACUUGAGUUAUUUGAGUCUAAAUAAACAAACUCUCCCACUCUG